UUGACAUUGAUUAUUUUCCAAAUAAAAUUUUAGUUCGAAGAUUUUUUCCAUAAUUUGCCAUGAAAGUUGAAGUAUCUCCGCCGAUAAAAGUAUAUCAAAAUAUAUGAAAAUGUAAUAAAAUGGAACAUGAAGACGACGUUAAAAGAAUCAAAGAGCAAAUCAAAUAUAAGGUAAACAAAUCGAAAGUAAACAAAUGUGAUUUGAAAUCGCACGUGCAAGAGCCUUUCAGCGUCUUGGAUAUUCCACAAUUGCUAAACUAUUUCGAGACGCCUGAUGAGAAAAAGAGCUUCCGAAAAUCGAGCACGAAACCUUCCGAAGAAAUUAAGCAAGGCGAUAAUUCGGAAACGCUAACGAAAACCGAUAAGAAAUUAAUUCCUAGUUUAAGUGAAAUUUUGAAUAUAAUUAAGCUCGUUCGAGAAACGUUCUUAUGGAAACCGGAUAGAAGCGCAGACCUUCGUUCGAAUGAAAAACAACUAUCGAAUUUUUCUGUCGAAGAAAAGAUAGCGCUGGUCAAAGAGAACUCUCGUAAAUAUUCACAAAAAAACAAUUACGACACCUCUUAUUACUUGUCGGUGCUGUUGAAGUUAAAAGACUAUUUGCAGAUAUUUAUUAGAGAUGAUAACGUGGAAAAUCCGGAAAUUAGCGAAAUAUUUUCGAAACUUAAGUGUUUCAUUUGGAGAUUAUCCAAAAACGAAGAACUACAAGCGAAAAAGCACACACAGAAUUUGGUAAAUACAGACAUGACAAGUCAAUCUUAUCAAUCCUCUCCUGCUUUGCAAAGCUUUAAUAAGAUAAAACUUGGCCCGAAAAGGAAGAAGAAAACCGUUAGUUCUGACGGUUUAAUAAACGGCAAUAAAGAUCAACCAGCAAGUACUAAUUAUUUGAGUACGUCACCACUGAAAAUGCUGUUAAAAAUGAAUACGAAGUGCAGUUCUACUCGCAGACAAAAUCUCCCAAAACUGUAUGCCAGAAAAGACAAAUUCAACACUAUUUUCAACAUAUACGGUGAUUUACUCAACGAUUACAAAGAGUACUACCAACCGUACGUACACAAAUCGACUCCUUCGUUAGAAAAAUUAAAAACCAAACAUCCCCACAAAGCCCCAGCUGAGGAUCCCAUCUACCAUAUCGAAUACUUCGACAAUGAGGAUGUUUUGCUUUAUUUACUGGGCAACAAACUGUCUCCUACAAUUUUUCCAAAAAGAAUAUCAGCUAGGAAACAUCACAAAAAGUCCGUCAGAAAAUCGCACAGCGUUUCCACUACAUUCAAUCGCAACGAUGUUAAAUCUAAAAACAUACUGAAAAAGUCCACGAAAGGCGGGACUAAAAUCAAUAAAAAAGUGACCUUUCAAUUGCCCGAAACCAGCAGCGAUCAAAUAAAAGGUUACAAAAAUGGAAAGGUGUGAUUUAACCCAAAAAUCUGCUUGUGAAGUGGUAAUUUUUCUUAUAAUAGGCUUGACGUUUAGUUGUGAAAAUGACAAAAUAAAAAACAGUUUCAAAACAGUUAAUUUCAUAGUGAAAUGUUCAAAAUUCUCGUGAAACAAAUACUACAAAAAAUAGAAGCAAUAAAUAUGAAAGUGGAGAAACGAAAGUCCAGAAACAAUAAAAUAACAAAAAAAUCGAAAAUAACAAGAAAUAAACAAGUAAAACAAGAAUUAUCGAACGAACCUCUUCAAUUCUUUAAUAACAAGAGAGACAAUGAUCAAAUGGAGAUGGGUCCGUAUCUAUUUAAAAACGCUGGUAACACUGUAUCAUCCGAAGAACUAUAUGAUGAACUUUAUAUGAGAGAAAAAAUCGACGAAGCUAGAAAAUUGUACAGUAAAACGGUGUCGAUCAACAAUCCACUUAAUCCUUCUUAUAAAAACAAAACAACUUUGUCAACUCAAUUUCUCAACGAUAAAACCAUUCCUGACGUCGUAAAAUCAUUCAUAGUUUCAUCUACUUGGCAGCAAAACACUAAUCACUUGAAAAGGGACAUUUGCAAAAUCAUUAAAAACCUACUCUUCGAACUAGAAACCUGCGACAACGAUCCCAAUUUGGAAGAGGAGGAAUACAAAAUCAUUUACGACGUGAGAAAAUUAUUACCAGAGUUCCAAACGAUCAUCGGAUUUUCGCCGGACGAAUACCGAGAAUUUUCCGUACGGCCAAAAUUCCCAUCCCAAAACCCCAAUUCCGACAAAAAGAGAAUAGUCAUAUUACAGGAUAUUAAAAACAUACUAAAUCGCCUUAAAAAAGACAAGAAGAAAAAAGAAACUAACGAAAAAACGCUGCCGAGUAAACCUAAAUACAGUGAGAAUCCACACGCAAGAUUCCGAACAACACUUCCCACCCCUCGUGUAGACAACAAACAAAACGCCCCCUUAGUAAACGAAUCCUUAAAGAAGAGAGACAUCGAAGACGUCCUGAAAGACUUAAAGCACUUCCUGCCUGAAAGAAAACCCUACAGCCCGCUGACCGUAGAAGAGCAGUACCAACAGUACCUGGGCUACCCCGAUGAAAACAACAUGGUCACACCUCCCUGUUCCAGGCAAGAGCGAUGCACCGAAGACAUACUAGAAGACAUGAAAGAAAUGAUCCCCGAACUGCAGCAAACCCAAAGAAUAAUCAACAACUUGACCAACAAAGACUUUCACCAUGCAACCAAAAAAGUAGUACAAUUAGAAACAAGGAGUCCCAGUACAGUGCUCUUGGAAAAUUUGCAGAAGAAAAUCGGUAUGGAGAAAAUCGAACAAGUGCAAUCGUGGCUCAAAAGAAGAGAAAUUUUAAGAAUAAAAGACAAAGAUAAUUACCAUGAAUUGUUUAUGAGCAACAACGAUGGCAUAUAAAAGAAGUUCGUCGAUGGUCUUGUUUUAUAUGAAACUACAGUACAUAUUUGAAUUUAUUUU